UAUGUAUUAAAUUUGACUGAAAAAGAGAUAUUUGUAAAAAUCAGAUAGAGAUUUCGAUACAGGUAACAUGUCGUUUAUGAAUCCCGUCGAUACUGUGGAUGAGGAUGCCGCAGACUUGCAGUUUCCAAAAGCUGAGCAGCCUAAUGUAGGACGCUCAUCCAUAAAAAUUGCGCGCGCUCGCAUUGAUAAGAAAACCAAGUUAUCCACAACAUUUUACAAUGCCGAGACAUUAAACAAACAACUCACGAGCUUGGAACAAAAUGCCCCAGAAAACAAUGAGAGUGGUAAAUGCCUGUAUGGCGAAGACCUCCCAUGUGCCACGUGUCACAGCAGUCUAAGUGAGCCUUAUAUACGGUGCUCGGAGUGCUUGGACAUUUUACUCUGCCUGCAGUGCUUUGCGCGGGGCCGUGAGAAUGGCACACAUCGCAAUUACCAUGCCUAUGUCGUUGUGCGCGAUGACAUUCAAAUAUUUCCCGGAGAGCCCGACUGGACGGCACGGGACGAGCGGAUUUUGUUGCAAACUCUGCGCACUCAAGGCUACGGCAACUGGGAGGCAGUGGCACGCGCUCUGGAACAGCGUCAUACGAAAGCAGAGUGUCGACGCCACUACCACGAUUGCUACUUUGGUGGUAUUUUUGAAAGACUUCUGGGUCUAAAGCAUGCUCGCCAAUGCUACCUACCCGAACGCAUGCCCUAUGUGGUCAAAAUGCGUUCCCUAGAACCACCGCGACACGAUGAUAUUACCUCCAUGCAGUUCAAAAUUAAUGCUGGAUAUCGUUGCGCCCGUGGCGAUUUCGAUACGCCCUACGAUGGAUCCGCCGAAGGCAUACUAUCCGUAAUUUUGAAUCAAGAACGAGUCACGUCCAUGGCUAGUAACGAAGAGGAUGAGGAGAUUUUUGACAAGGAUCUAGAUGAGGAACUGCAAUGUGCGCUGGUCCGUGCUUACAACCAUCGGCUAAGAGAACGUCAUCGACGCUAUAAAAUUAUGCGUCUCAACGGCCUCAUCAUGCCGAAUCGGACAGUUGGCUGGAUAUCAAAAUAUGCCCAUGCCUUCCGCAGCGAUACGAAUUGUAUGCGCUUUCUUGCCUUUGUUCAGAUCUGCAAUCCCAUGGACUUUGACAUGCUGGUGGAAUCCCUAAACUAUUAUCGUGAGCUGCAGAGUCGUCUAAAUCGACUGUACGAUUUGCGACAACAGGGCAUUCGCACACUAUAUGGAGGUUCGCUCUACAUGCGUCUAAACAAGCAGAGGCAACAGGCUCAGCGCGAAUAUGCGAGACAACGACAAUAUAAUGCCCAAGAUUGGCAGCAGUUGGUGCAACACUACGAGACCAAUAGGACGAUGGAGAAUCUGCCGGAGGGGAUCAGUUCAAAAAUAUAUAUGUUAAAUGCACGCCGCAAGGCAGGUCCCAUGGAAAUAACAGAUUUACCCGGCUACACACAAUUGAAUGAAGAGGAGCGUAGCUUAUGUAGCGUGGCUCGGCUAGUGCCUCAGGCCUAUCUGGAAUAUAAGGCUCAACUAAUUGCCGAGAAUUCUAAGUUUGGAUAUUUGCGCUUAGCCGAUGCAAGACGUCUUAUUAAGAUCGAUGUGAAUAAAACGCGACAGAUUUACGACUUUCUGCUUGAACAUGGCCAUAUAAGCAGGCCACAGACCUAUAGCUAAAAUCAAAACAUAUUUUGUGUUUCACUUGUAAAAUUGCGUUUAUCCAUACAUUAUCCACAUAU